AUGGACACCCAAGCGACCACUGUUGUUAUGGAGUUGGGUGUACGGCUAAUGACAAUGUGCCUGCCCUCGGCCCACAUAACAAAGGCCGUGGAUCAUUUACCAAACUGGCAACUUUUUGUCGCCCAAGUAUCGCUACCACUCAUUGUUGCAGCGCCAUUCUACUGUGUUUUCAAUUUUCAGUAUGGUCUUAUGGGUACGAACGCCCCACUGAUUCUUAGUGCUCCUGACAUUCGCUAUGAUGCGAGCUAUCGACUGGUUCGAGUUGUUUAUCUGACCCCAAUGCUUUGGAUACCGUGUACGAAUAUACUGGUAACGAUCUACACGACUAAAUCACUUCAUUCACGUAUUUUCAACCCGCUUCUUCCCGACAAAACCACCGUUGUAGCGAUGACUCAACUUCAUCGCUGUCCCACAAGAGUGAAUGCUUGGCAACUGGAUCAAAAAUCCUGA